AUGGUGUGGGAGCACCGGUGGAAAGCCACCGGGAAAUUUCACUGCCCGGGGUUCGACCCCCAGAGACAUAUUUCUCGCAAGUGACUGAAACAUUGAUGAACCUACCUUACGCAACGACCAAUCGUCUUUUCUUUUUUCUUGUAACAUUGGGAUGAGGGGGUUGAGGCGUGGGUGUACAUGCAGCAGCCGUCUGUCUAUUCCGAAUUCCAACCUCUCAGACCAAAAUGCAUAUUGCAUACAGCGAGCCAUCACGUUUUCGGGCAAAAUGGACAGAGUGGGAAGAAAGUCAAACCAUCGCGCCACGCGAGUUCAACAGGCACACACAUGCAUAUAACAGUGGAGAGAGAGAGGCGUGUUUCCAGAACGGUCAACGGCGAUCUUGCUGGAGGGCUUGGAUUUCGGGAGAGAGUUAUCUACACGCCCCCACCCCCCUCUCUCAGACCCUGCUCAUUCCCGUCCGCAUAUACACUCACAUGCUAGAUGUAUGCCCGCCAUGAAUCUCCUCAACUACCUGUGGCUGCCCACCCGGCAGGCUGCUUGUAGGUCGUGGUCCGCAGACUAUGUGGCCUGUCAUCGGAGCUCUGUUCCGUAUGGUUGAAAGAGGGUGGUGGCGAAAACGUUCUUAUACCCCGACAUUUGCUGCAUCUCAAUCUUGGAUCUGACGGUUGAAGUCCUCCUUUCUUUCUUCGUAGAGGACGAAAAGACCACACACACCAACUUCACAUGACGAACCCCAUCUAUUGCUAGUUGAAGUCUCUUCCCUUCGGAUUGUUGCCCUCCAGUAUCCUUAUCCAGUUCUUCAUCUUCAGCCAAUAUCCUACGGACUGUCUGUUGCACACAUCUUCUUUCGACGGCAUAUUUUGGCCAGUCACAAGGUUGAGGCAUAACUAUCAGCGGCAUCAGUAUUCGAGAAGAAAUUGCGAGAGAUAUCGGCACCGAUCGAAAAGAAGCUCCAAAGUUUGGAAGGGCUGCCUCGUCUGGGUACUUGACCCGUGCUCGGCAAGCCACAACCCUACCAGUCCCGUUGUCGCCGUUCGGGGCCGUUUUAUUCCACCGGGCAACUCAUAUUGUGGACGAGAUAGAUUCAAGCUGGAAGCCAUAUCCACGACGAUCACAGCAGUUGGCAAGUGGCUUGUUGCAACACCAACUUCCAGGUUGUUGACUUCUCGAUUAAGGGUGUGGACGUGUGGAACUGGGGAGCCACGUUUGGACGAGAGUUCGAGAUAAGCAGGAGCAAGAUUCGACACACUACACGUUCGACAUCCCACAUUCUUGCAAGUAAAGAGCCUGAUAGAAGGGUUUGCGUCAUCACAUGCUCCCGCAGGUUCUUUCCCAAAGCUGCUCCUUCCCCGUCCAAACAGAACAGCCCACCCAGUCACCUGGAGACGGGAUCGCUCCCAGCUGGAAGUGAAGUGCAAGAGUAACAUCCACCUGCCCUGCCAGCCUCGUCCGUAGCCAUCCUGCGCCUUGAGCCUUGCUCUUUCCUCUUCAGAGUUUUCAUCUCGACCGCCAACUUGGAAAUCAGCAUCUCUUUCGAUUCCGACGGCACUCUCAUCUCCUCCCCCAUCCCCCGCUCCCUCGGCACCGAUACAGCAUCGCUAGGCAGUAGCCAUCACAUUAUCUUGCAUCCGUACCUCACCUCCACCAGCUACUGCUAUCUAGCCCCAUCAACACACCAGUCAGACCCCGAAUCUCUUCCAUUCAUCGCCGAUAGCUUGAUCUAUCCCCUUACUCCAGCACUCGCUUUGCAUUCAACAAUUUGGCCUCUAACAUUCUCCAUCACUGAGUGGCUCGGUUUCUUGUAUUCGCAGCAUCUGUCGAAUCAGCAGUACAAGACAAGAUCAUUUUGGAGUGAUCUCUUGAUUCUUUCCCUCAGAAUUUCAAGACUGUAUUUUCGCAACCAUGUCUCAUUACCGCACCAACAACGGCAUGUCCUCCGAGGCUGGCGGCAACCGUCAGGGUACAUACUCGGCUUACUUGGGGGCCCAAGUUGGGCACAGCCAGCAGGGCUUACCUGGCUCUCAUGUCCAUCACCUUGGUCACAGCUCCGAGGGCAUGGACUCCCUCGCGAGCCAGUUCGGUGCGAUGAGUCUUCCACCCAGCAAUGGCCACGGAGCCUCCAACAUGUCGCAGAUCCAGCAGCAUGGAUAUAUGACCGCCCAGGAGCAACCUGUCGCUUACCAGGGCUACUCGGUUCCUGUUCAUGUAGGAUUAGCCCCCGAGGCUGCCUAUGGCUACAGCGUUUCUGGCCAGUAUCCUGUUCAGGGGAAUUACGCUCCUUUGCCUGUUCCGUACCACGCGAUGCCCUAUACCCCCGGUCGCGUUGCCUCUUAUGCCGAUCGUAGCAGCAGCGAGGUUCCCGCUUUGGAGAACCGCCGCGGCUCAUACUCAACCACCGAGUCGACUCCGGCCACUCCUUUCUUUGGUAGCGCUUCGGAGCGUGGUGCUGGCUCCCGUGUUGCUGUCUUUCGUUCAAGCUACACGACCCCUUCUCCGGAGCAGGUUGUGAUGCCCGGUACCGCUCCCAAGGCCUCCUCGCAGCCCAUUGACGAGGAACUUUUGGAGUUGCUCAAGGUGAAUCCAGCAAUUCCCGAGGCUGUCCCGGCGGUCUUUACCCCGCCCACGCACAUCAAGUCGAUCGAGCAAUGUCUCGAGAACCGCAUUCACGGCAAUCGCAAUGUCUACAUUCGCGGCUUGCACCCCACCACAGACGACGAUUUGCUGCACCGCUAUGCUUCUCGUUUUGGAACCGUUGAGCAGAGCAAGGCCAUUAUUGACACUGCCACUGGCGCUUGCAAAGGUUUUGGAUUUGCCAAGUUCGCCGAUGUCCGCGACUCGGAGAAAUGCAUUCGCGGGUUCUACCAUCUUGGUUAUGAGGUUGGCUUUGCUCGCGAGAGUUUCAAUGCGAGACUGAAGGCCGAGGGCGACGAAGGUUCGACCAAUUUGUACCUCUCCAACUUGCCCAAGCGUCUCAACGAGUCGGAGUUGAACGCCAUUUUCACUGGCUAUCAUGUCGUGUCCAGCAAGAUUCUUCGCGAUAGCAUGGGCAACAGCCGUGGCGUUGGUUUUGCUCGGUUCGAGUCUCGCGAGGAGUGCGAGCAGAUUAUCAAGCAGUACCAUGGUGCCUCCAUUGGAGACGAGGGCAUGUUGAUGCAGGUUCGCUACGCCGACACGCCGGCCCAGAAGGAGCUCAAGCGUAUCACCGCCGAGCGUCGCCAAUUCCGCACGAAUGAGUACAACAUUGGUGCUUAUGGUACUGCAGAUGUUGGCAUUCACCCCAGCAUCUACCAGCAGGCCCCUUGGACCCGCCGCGGUGGUGUGGGAUCUGAUAUUUCUUACGCUCCUCGCGUUCCUGUCCGCACUAGCAUUGGUACUGCUAGUACGAACACGACUCCAGUCAUGUCUCAGGGUCUUGGUCGCACCAACUUGAUGCACAGCAUUCCUUCGGUGACUGCGUCUUCGGAUGAUGGAUCAGCCGACGAGGGCGUGACGGUGGUCGACUCUCCCACCGUCAAGAAGGGCAGCACCCAAUCGUCGCCCACCAUCAAGAAGGAUGCCGCCACCAUCAAGAAGGAUACCGCCACCAUCAAGAACGAGAAGGCGUAG